GCGCAACCGAUUGCCGCGACUAGAAAACGCACAUUAAUAAGCAGAAAACAAAAAAAAGCGACGUGGUCGUUUCCACUUCCCUCUACUAGAAUUCAACGCUUAACCUCCAAAGGAAGGAGACGCGGUACUAGUCUGCAGACUGUCAACAUAGACAUAGUCUUCAAGAGGAAUCUCAAGCACAAAGAACUCCAUCGCGACUCAAUAAAAAGGUCUUCUAAAAACCAACGCGACACAUCGUCAGCUCCAAGAAGCACGACAAAAAUGUCCACCCAGUCGACUUUCAGCACCAUUGAGGUCCGGCGUCAGCCGCCCACCAAGGCCGUCUUCAACGGCAUCCUGCGUCACCAGGGCCGCGCGUCGGUCAGCAGUGUCGACGUGAAGGACAGCUCCAAGGCGCUGGUGGACUUGCUGCAAUCCAAGGAUGCCGCCUACGAGCUCGGGCGCAUGCACUUCUGGGGCGGCAUGGAAGGCACCCAAGGGCCGUACGCUGUGUUUACGAAGGAAGGCAACCGCGUCACCAUGAGCGCGUUUUACCACAAGACUGAGGUAUCUAUAGCACUUCGUUCAUCACGAAUAGCAAUGAACUUAAACGUGAAACAAAAAUGAAAUUGGAAAUCCAAGAAAUCGAAACUAUAAUUUGUUGCAGCUGGUGCUAAUUCCAAUUCCAGCAUGGAUCAAGACCUUAUUGAAGGAACCAACUAGAAGUCCAACGUUGGUGGCACACGACGACAUAAACCAAUGUCAAAUAUAAUUGUUCAUCAAAACAUAAACAGCAUUCCCCGGGUGACUUUUGCGAGCGCGUUCUGGGGAGCGAGGGAGCAGGCAAUGCGAGCAAGGAGGUUUGCAACACAUCCGUGCUGUUCCAGCCCGAGUUCAUGGACCGCAAGGCCCGCACCGCCAUUCCCUGCGUGGUGACGCGCACGCUGAUGCCGCUGAAGAACCAAGCAGGCGCCGUGAACUGGAUGCAGACCAACCAGGCGAAGUUAUGGGAGAUGAUGCAGCGCACCGGCGCGGCGCAGGUCUACUUGAUCUUCGGCGAAAAAACCGCGGCAAUGGGCGGUGUCUACAUGACCGCGGAGGGCGCGAAAGCGGCGGCCGAGACGGCAAAAACGAUUUUUGCCGACUUGGCGCCAUACGCGGCCGGACCGCCGUCGGAUCGCACCCUGAUCCACGAUGCGUGCUUCUUCUGGAAGUGAGGAAGAUGGUAUAAGAAAAUGAACUUCUGUUGUACCCCAGCGGAAGUCUAAAAAAUUUUGCGUUUUUCAUCAAAACAAAAACUAACACAAGCUGGCUCUAGCUCAACAUAAGUAUCACGUUCGAAAAGAAAACAAAUUCAAACAUAUUCAUGUGAUUUUGUACCUAGUAGUAGCCGUCCGGGUCGCAUAAAGAGCGGACAAUAAUUGCGGCCUUGCUUUCGAUACCCUCGAUGUGAGGAACCGCUGUGUCUUUUUGUGUUUUGUGCGAUUCCCGACCCCGGCUACGGCUUCUGUGUUAUUUUUGCUGUAGUUUUUGUCUACCCACGUCAACAGAAACACAAUCACAACCAAACAAAGUAGAAGCUCUGCAUAGCAGCAACUCGCUCCAUUCAAAAAAAUUAUCUUUUUUCAUCCCGGCUUUAUUCGGAACCCAGUUACAGUGUACUUCACGCUAAGUAUGAUUCUGCAAAAUCAUAUUAAAUCGUACUGUUUCAUCAGAUUCAGUUACAGUUUUCUGACAACAUCAUGUUGAAAAACACGUAAAUCGAUAGGAUUAGGAGGAGAU